AUGUCGUCUUCGCAACCGUUCAUCGAUUCCUCGCCGCUCUCCACCGGCAGCGGCCGGCGCCGCAAGUCCCACUUCACGUACCGGCACCUCUCCCAGCUCAGCGCCUUCACGGCCUCCAGCCCGCUGCGCGUGGUCGCGCACAUCGACCUCGACGCCUUCUACGCGCAAUGCGAGAUGGUGCGGCUGGGCGUGCCGGCGUCGCAGCCGCUCGCGGUGCAGCAGUGGCAAGGGCUCAUCGCCAUCAACUACGCCGCGCGCGCGUUCGGGCUGAGCCGGCACGUCACGGCGGCGGAGGCGCAGAAGCUGUGCCCGGACAUCGUGUGCCAGCACGUGGCGACGUGGCGCGAGGGCGACGAGCGCUGGGCCUACCACGCCGACGCGUUCAGGAACAUGGCGACGCACAAGGUCAGCCUGGACCCGUACCGCACCGAGUCGCGCCGGAUCCUGGCGCUGAUCAAGGACGCGCUGCCGCGCGAGCUGCAGCGCGUCGAGAAGGCGGGCAUCGAUGAGGUGUUUGUCGAUCUCUCGGCGCAGGUGCAUGGCGUCUUGCUGGAACGGUAUCCGGAGUUGGCGGGCCCGCCGCCGUAUGAUGAUCCGACGGAGAACUUGCCGCGGCCGCCGACGACGGCGUUGGAUUGGCGGGCGGAUCAUCUGGUCGAUUUGGAUGCCACGGAGACCGAGGAUGACGAUCCGGAUUGGGAUGAUAUCGCCAUCUUGAUUGGGUCCGAGAUUGUUCGGGAUGUUCGGGCCAGGGUUUUUGAGGAGUUGAAGUACACUUGUUCUGGUGGGGUCGCGCGAAACAAGAUGUUGGCGAAGCUUGGAUCUGGCCACAAGAAGCCCAAUCAACAGACUGUUAUUCGCAACCGCGCCGUGCAGAAUUUCCUCAAGGACUUGAAAUUCACGAAGAUCCGCAACCUGGGCGGUAAGCUUGGCGACGAGGUGGUCGCUAUGUUCAACACGGAAACGGUCAAGGAUCUGUUGGACGUGUCGUUGGAUCAACUUCAGAGGCUUGGUGACGGAACUGGUAUCUGGCUAUAUGACAUUAUCCGUGGAAACGACACCAGCGAGGUUAAUUCCAGAAUGCAAAUCAAAAGCAUGCUAUCGGCCAAAUCCUUCCGCCCGUCGAUCAACACCUUUGAGCAGGGAGUCCGUUGGCUCCGUAUCUUUUGCGCCGACAUUUUCUCCCGCUGUGUAGAAGAAGGUGUUCUCGAGAACAAGCGUCGACCCAAGACCGUCAACUUGCAUCACCGGCAGGGGCAGCAGACUCGAUCCAAGCAAUCGCCUAUUCCACAGGCUAAUACUUUUUCUGAAGAAUUGCUUUUCGAGCUUGCAAGGAAACUCCUCGCUCAGGCGGUGGCGGAUGGACGCGCCUGGCCAUGCUCAAACCUGUCACUGAGCGUAGGCGGCUUUGAAGACGGCAUCACUGGCAACAAGGGCAUUGGAACUUUCCUUGUCCGUGGAGAGGAAGCCAAGGCCAUGCUCGCCAGCGAAAGAGAGGCCUCGGCGAGCAAGAACAGCAGGGCUGAUCCACUACCGCCUCAAAAGAGGCGCCGUGUCGACGAUGGUGGUAUCCAGAGGUUCUUUGGACCACGGGAAAACAGCCGCGAUGAAUCCGGAAACGAACACAGUCCAUCCAUGAGCCGAGAAAACAGCAGAGCUACGUCUGAGCAGGACAUGCGACUGGAGACCCCGGGUGAUGGAAGCCACGGCCACUCCACUCCCGCCCUUGACCAUGCCGAACAGACCUGGGGUGAAGUCGACCCAUCCGACAUGCUACCUCCUUCCGCUCAACAUCAAGCUGAAAGUCAUUUCCACGAAACCGAUCAUCACCCUGCAGGCACCGAACCAGCUCCCGCUCAACCCAUUGCUGCCCAAAACCCUCACCAAAUGCCACCAGAUACGUUUCUCUGCGAGCGCUGCUCUACCCGUCUCCCCGCCUGCCAGCAAGCCGAGCACUCGGACUACCAUGUGGCGAGGGACCUUGCAAAGCAACUUCAGGCUGAAGACCGCGCCGCCGCCGCCGCCGCCGCCGCCUCGGCCGCCCGCCCCCCUGCACCGCCGGCGUCGACGACCCCCAAGCCGCGCGGGCGGGGAAGACCAGCCGGUUCCGGCUCGUCUGGUGGGAGCAGCUCAGUCAAGGGAGCGGAGAAGGGGCAGAUGAAGCUGGCAUUUGGCAAGGGUUGA